UUCCUAUACAUAUUUCACAAACCACAUUUCACAUUUCACAAACUCUCAUUUCCAAAACCAUGGAAGAAUUAUCAGACCACCAUCCAAUAUUCACUAGGCAAGACUCAGAUCUUGACCUUAGCUUCACAAGCUGCACAACAACUACUAUUUCGUCAUCGAGCGCGCGAUCCAGUCUCGCGCGCUCCAGCUUAUGUUUAAGCUUCAACGAGUCCACUCGUCUUUCAUCCGUUUCAUUAUCGAACCAAAACCCUUCAACCCAAAUCCCAAAUCUACAUUCUCGACCCCACCGUAAAUCUGACCCUCAUUGGUCUUCCAUCAAAGCCGCCACUAAUCUUUCUUCCGACGGCAGACUCCAUCUUCGUCACCUUAAACUUAUUCGCCUUGUCGGGUCGGGUAACCUCGGCCGCGUGUUUCUUUGUCGUCUUAGAGACUAUGAACACGCAAAUUUUGCUAUCAAAGUUGUUGAUAAACACGCAUUAUCGUCUAAAAAAUUGUCACAUGUACAAACCGAAGGCAGAAUUUUGUCAUCUUUGGAUCACCCUUUUCUUCCAACUUUAUAUGCACAUUUAGAAGUUUCCCAUUACAUAUGUUUUUUAAUAGAUUUUUGUCCUAAUGGAGAUCUUCAUUCCUUGCUUCGCAAGCAACCGAAUUAUCGACUUCCAGUCAACUCGGUUCGGUUUUUUGCAGCAGAGGUUUUAGUAGCUCUUGAAUAUCUACACUCGUUAGGUAUCGUUUAUCGCGAUUUAAAGCCCGAAAAUAUUUUAAUACGAGAAGAUGGUCAUAUUAUGUUGUCAGAUUUCGAUUUAUGUUUCAAUGCUGAAGUAACACCAAAACUUGAAAACAGAACAGAACAGAGUAGUCGAACAAAAAAACAACAAACGAGUCGAUGUUUUGGUAACCGAAAAUAUAGGACUAAAAGGGAGAUUGUAACAGAGUUUGUAGCUGAACCAACUUCAGCUUAUUCAAAAUCAUGUGUUGGGACACAUGAAUAUUUAGCACCCGAGUUGGUCAACGGUAGUGGUCAUGGAAACGGGGUUGACUGGUGGGCAUUUGGUGUUUUAAUAUACGAAUUGUUAUACGGAAAGACCCCGUUUCGUGGCGCGACUAAAGAGUCGACGUUACGAAAUAUAGGAAAAAAUGGGGUGGUUUUUGAAGAGACUAAUUUAGUUGAGCCCGGAAUGGAGGAGGCUAAAGAUUUAAUACUAAAGUUGUUGGUCAAGGACCAGAGGACCAGACUGGGGUGUGCAAGAGGUGCAACUGAUAUUAAACAACACCCGUUUUUUGACGGGAUCAAGUGGCCGUUGAUUAGGACGUAUAGCCCGCCGGAGCUCCGUGGGAUGGUGGUUAAGAGGACUAGUAGACCACAUGGUGGUAACGUAAGUACAAUGUCUAAGAGACGGCGUUGGAUUUGGAAGGGGCUUAGUUGUCUAUUGAUGAAAAGUAAGGGAGCAAAAAAGAACUUGAAUUCAAACCAAAAUUAUUAUUGUUAUAGUAAAAAUGUGGUUUAAGAUAAAUAGUUAAAGUUGAGGGGCCGAUUAAGAAAUUUUGCUGGAGCUUAUUUAUCUUGGCUGAUGAGAUACUCUGAUGGUAUUAAGUUUUAGCCCUUUAGAUUUUAUUUUUUUUAAUAGUGAAAGGGUGAUAUUGUAAAAAGAAAUUAUGCGCCCUACUAUUUCUAAUGUUUUAUUAUUAGGAAUAUUAAUUUGAAAUAUAUGCUUUUAUAGCUCUUUUUGUGUGAA